AUCAUAGCGUUGAAGUAAAGUAAACCUUUGGGAUCAAACAUCGAGUUCGAAACAUACCUCAAACUCCUUGCAAUGAGAAUGACGUGUCUGAAAUCGUCCGCAAUUUUGGCCUUGUGUGUCACUUUGGUUUGCGCUGAAAAUCCUACCGAUGGCGUAGGUUUGGUUAUCGGUGGUUUUGGUGGAGGCAUCACCAUUGAGGCUAUCACGGCUGAUGCCAUUUGCCAAGCUCCAAUUCCUGAAGCACCCACAGGAAACAUUGAAGGCUGGGUGUCCGAAGUGAUGGACAAUGAGAUUUGGCUUUGCGGUGGCUCUGACCUCAACUUCCGAGCUGAGUGCUACUCCAUUCCGAUCUCAGGAGGCAACUGGAAGGAGCAAGCCUCGUUGCAAAAAGCCAGAGAAUAUGCCUCAAGCUUUGUUAUGGGGGAUCAAAUGGUCAUCUUGGGUGGUUACAACGACCGCAAUGGUUGGCUUGAUGAGGUUGAGCGGUAUGAUCCGGUUUCUAAGACCUGGGAGGUCAUGACUGAUUGGACUUUACCACGAAAACUCUUCAACUUGUGCGCUCUUCCCAUGGAUGAUACUCACAUCAUCAUUGCAGGCGGUAAUGAGUAUGACCAGGCCUACCGAGAUUUGGUGGACAUUCUGGACAUCACCACUGGCGUGUGGGAGUCGGCCGAGCCAUUGCCCUUUGGUAGAGCUGCCCAUGAUUGUAUCAACUACGAAUUGGAGGGGGAAAAAGGACUGCUCAUGACGGGGGGAUGCACAGAUGCUUGUCAGAACCAUGCAAAUGAGACAUUGUUCUUUUCCUACACUGACCGAAGCUGGACAAUCUUGGCUGAGUUGAACGAGAAAAAGAUGGGCCACAAAAUGACUUGGUUGGAUGGGCAAGUGGCUGUUAUAGGUGGUUACCGUGAUUCCUUGAUUGGAAACGUCGAGGUUUUUGAUGGCAUCGAAUGGACUGUCCGUUCAGACUCACUCACAUUUGCACGAUGGGCCUUUGGCUUGCCCGACUACAUUCCAUCUGGAAGCAGCAUUGGCUGUUAGAUGACAAUGUUAGAUGACUAUGAACACCUCCCUUAGAUUAAAUGAACUAAGCACACUGAA